AUGUCGCGCACCUAUGAAGAUGCCCUGUCGCAUCUGGCGUCUCUGCAGUCCAAUUUCGCAAUCACGUCGCUAUUCUCUCCCAAAGUCACGGCGCCAGACGACAGCAAGGGCGGCAACGACAAGGCUCAAGACCUCAAUGCCGUGGCCAUUCCCGAGGUCAUUGCCUGGCUCGGCCGGGCCGGGCUGACGCCCGACGACCUGUGCGGCCUCAGGUGCGUCCACGUGGCCGGGACCAAGGGCAAAGGGUCCGUCUGCGCGUACCUGACGUCGGUGCUGACGCAGCCCGAGCUCCGCAAUGUCGCCGGCCGCGUGGGCACUUAUACGAGUCCGCACCUGAUCACGGUGCGCGAGCGCAUCAUGCUCGACGGCGAGCCCAUAGGCCGCGAGCUCUUUACGCGCUACUUUUUCGAGGUCUGGGACGCCAUGACGGCGUCGGCAAGGGCCGAGUACGUGGCGGCGACUGGCCAAGAGCAGCAGCAGCAGAUUAGCGACGAGGUCGAGGCCGAGCUCCGAGGGCCGGCGACCAAGCCGUUUUACUUUCGCUUCCUGACGAUCAUGGCCCUGUACGCGUUUCUGCGCGAGGGCGUGCGCAGCGCCGUCAUCGAGUGCGGCAUUGGCGGCGAGUACGACUCGACCAACAUCCUGCCGCCGGGGGCCGUGACGGCGGGCGUCGUGGCCCAGCUCGGCAUUGACCACGUCGGCAUGCUGGGCGGCACCCUGCCCGAGAUUGCCUGGCACAAGAUUGGCAUUGCCAAGGCCGGGCGCAAGAUCUUUACCCGCAAGCUCGAGGGCGGAGAUGCAGAGGAGGAGGCCAUGAAGGUCAUUCGCGCCCGGGCCGUGGAGAAGAAGGCUAUUUUGGUCGAGGUGACGGACGCACAAGCCGAGGAGAGCAGUAUCUCGGCAGCACAUCACACCCCUAGUCUCGCCGGCGAGUUCCAAAAGUACAACCGGGCUCUGGUCCGGGCGGCGGUGCCGGAACACCUCCAACUGUGCGAUGGGGAAGCCUACCAGUCUCUUACCCAGGAGACCCUCGAGCAGGCUAUGCGCCACGGCCUGGAACAAGCUCAGCUUCGAGGCCGGUGCGAGACUCGAGCGGACGGCAAUAUCACGUGGCUCAUUGAUGGCGCGCAUACUGCCGAGAGCCUGCACGAGGUCGCGAAGUGGUUUGCGAGCAAGGCGGAUGCGGACAGUGAUGCACGAAAGGUCUUGGUCUUUAAUCAGCAGGAGCGUGAUGUGGGCAAAUUGCUCAAGGUAUUAUGUGCUGGCAUUCCGUCGGGCUCUAGAGCCGCUGCGUGCCCCUUUGACGAAGCCAUCUUUACAAGAAAUGAUUCACAUCCGCGAAAAGAAGGAGAAGCUGAAAGGGACUUGUCGGUGCAGGGCGCUGCUGGAGACGCAUAUGAAAGGAUAUACCCGGGAGGCCGAACAGCUAUACGUGACAAUAUUACCGAUACGAUCGAAGAAGUCAGAAAGGAUGGGCUUGGUUCUCAGCAAAAGACAUUGGUAUUAGUCACUGGAAGUUUGCACCUCAUCGGGGCAUUGCUACAAGUUUUGGAGCCCGACGCUCCAAGGUAA